AUGGGCCAAAUUCUGCACAUCAGGGAUGGGAGUGGCCUUCUGACCCUGCGGAGACACAUCCCUGAUGCUGUCACACAUUUCAGUGACGUCACAGCUCCCCUGCCUAGCAGCUCCAGUGCCAUCAUAUAUUGCUCAGCCCGUGUGGUGGCUGCAGUGCAAGAUGAGAAACUGCAGGAUGACAAGAUAAAUCAGCCUGUCAGCAAACUAAUUGAGCGGAACCGACUUAAAACGGUAUUAAAAAACUUGUCCCUCUUGAAGUUACUCAGGAGCUCGAAUAACCGGAUCCAAGAACUGCACAGCCUGGCCAAAAGGUGCUGGAAGUCAAUGCUCAGAGUUCCAAAGAUGCUCCAAAUCUCCUCUGGGGACAACAAUGUCUGCAACAAAGUAAAACAAAAUAAUGGAGAGUUCCAAGAAAUUAGGGCCCUUGAGAAGAAACCGGAAUCUAAGAAAGCAGAGUCCAUAGGAAAAUCUAAGACAAAAACGUCCAAUGGGUGGAAGUCUACGGAAGGGUCAAAGGGGUCACCUGCAGCAGUGCCAUGGAGAAAAGAGAAGGCAAAGUCUAAAGUCCCCAAGACACGAGCAAGUCUUGGCUUGCAUACCAGAGGCCAGAAGAGGAAACCACAGGUUAAGAAGCCCCAAGCUGUCUUCCUGAAGACCUACCAUCACAGAACUCCCAUGAGGGACACGAAACCACUGGAUGUAACUGACCAGUUUGUCUGGUUUGAGGGGCUUCCCACACGCAUCCGCCCCCCAGGGCGCCGUAUCAUGUGCAGAGCAUCCACCUUUCGCUGCACCAAGCGCCCCUGCACCCGUUUCUGCUCUGUGUCACUUUGAGCUACCUAUGUACCAUCCACAUGAGGUGGGUAUAACAAGACCUCUGCUAGGCCAAGGAA